AUUGAGAUAGACAUGUUUACGGAGACUCUUCCUUCUUGGAACCACGUAAUAUGCUGAAGUGCUACAAGUGCACGGACCACUCAUCCUCACCUCGGUCAUCUUUUUUAGGCUCUCCACAUUAUCUUUUUCCUACAGUCUACAAAUAAAAGUUAAUUGUUUUGCAAUUCGAGGUAAGAAAUUGAAAAUCUUUUUAGUCCAAAUUACAUCCCACGGUUGUGGAUCGUUUCUCUUGAGUCUGUUCACCACUUGUUUGAUUAUUUUCCUCAACGAAAACUCAGAACUCGCACACCAAAUGAAUCACUUCCGUUCCAACACCGAAACCUCUCAUCUUUGAAUUUAACGACACAAUGAUGAACAUUUCAGUAAAUUUAUCAUCUGGGUCUCUGCAAUUCUUGCCUGUUCAUACCAUAUUCGCCCCAAAUUUCUCUGUAUCUUCCCAACAGAAUUGCAAUACUACCCAGCUAUGUACUCUCAGGAAGAGACCCGGUUUCAGCAUCUCCUGUGCUGCGAAACGAUACAAGAGGAAUUCGAUGGAGAGGAAUUCGGAAACAGAAGAGCUCGUUCGUGUUCUGCUGAUGAAUUUCGAUGACAAAAGGCCGUUGGUGACCACACUGGACAAGUAUGUUAAAUUUGUCAGAACUGAACACUGUUUUCGUCUGUUUGAAGAGCUUGGGAAGAGGAGGAAGUGGCUUCAGUGCCUUGAGAGCUUGGAAAGAGGAGGGAGUGGCGUCAGUGCCUUGAGGUGGAUGCAAAAACAACGGUGGUAUAUAGCUGAUAAUGGGAUUUACUCGAAGUUAAUAUCAGUUAUGGGAAAGGAAGGCCAAACCCGGCUAGCGAUGUGGCUUUUCUCGGAGAUGCGUAACAGUGGGUGCCGGCCUGACACUUCUGUUUACAAUGCACUCAUCACUGCUCACCUCCACUCAAGGGACAAAUCGAAGGCUUUGGCUAAAGCUCUUGGGUACUUUGACAAGAUGAAGGGAAUGCCGCGAUGUAAGCCUAACAUUGUGACAUUCAACAUUCUUUUGAGAGCUUUUGCUCAAGCCAGAAAUGUCGAUCAAGUUAAUGCUUUGUUCAAAGAUCUUGACGAGAGCAUUAUUGCCCCUGAUAUCUUCACAUACAAUGGCGUGAUGGAUGCCUAUGGGAAGAAUGGGAUGAUCCGAGAAAUGGAAUCCGUGCUUUCCCUUAUGAAGAGUAAUCAAUGUAAGCCAGAUGUCAUCACUUUCAACUUGCUGAUUGAUUCGUACGGGAGGAAGCAAGAAUUUGAUAAGAUGGAACAGGUGUUUAAGAGCUUGGUGCGUUCCAAGGAGAAACCGACACUUCCUACAUUCAAUUCAAUGAUCACGAAUUAUGGGAAAGCACGGCUAAGGGAGAAAGCAGAGUUCGUUUUUCAGAAGAUGAAUGAUAUGGGAAAUGCCCCUAGCUUCAUUACCUUUGAGUGCCUCAUCAUGAUGUACGGAUUUUGUGAUUGUGUUUGUAGGGCUAGGGAAAUAUUUGACGGGAUGAUGGCGUCUGGGAACGAGGUGAAGGCUUCAACUCUAAACCGUAUGCUCGAUGUUUACUGCAUGAAUGGUUUACCAGUGGAGGCAGCAAUGCUGUUUGAGACUGCACGUAACGCUGGGGUGCUUCCAGAUUCCUCUACUUAUAAACUUCUCUAUAAGGCAUACACCAAAGCCAAUAUGAAGGAGCUUUUGCAGAAGUUGCUGAAACACAUGGACGGAGAUGGUAUCAUCCCUAAUAAGAGGUUCUUCCUGGAUGCUUUGGGGGUUUUCAGGUCUUUACCGGCACCGGCAGACUCUGUUAGUGUCAAAAAUGGUUUGAGUAGGGUACAGAAUACUGCCAAGGCAUAGGUGAAAGUAGAUUGGGAGUGUUGGCUGUAUUUUUCUCAUUUUCUACAAAGCUGAAAUUCGAAGUAGAGCUUUUAUAUGAAUGAUUAGCAAUUCAGCAGCAAAUUAAUGAACUUCUGAGUCCAUAUUGUUUGACUAUAUGAUAAGUUGUAUUAUUAUUAUUAUUAUUUUUUUGAAA